AUGAUUACGACAGAAACCUUUUUACCUCUGCCGCACGGUGAUACUUAUGUGCGGAUUGAUUCAAUAAUAACAGCAUCACCUGAUUCAACUAAUACAAAUGCAUCCACAACCACAUUUUUGUUGGUCCACGGAGCCACGGUCCCUCAUUGGCAAUUUGAUCGUCUCGUUCCCAUUUUGCUUGCACACAACAACAACAACAACAACAACACUAAUACUGCGGGCGUAACUAAUCGCAUCAUUCGGCUGGAUUUGUACGGACAUGGCAAAUCUGCCCGACCUCGCCAUGUUCGUCAUGAUCUUUCCCUCUUUGUGGAACAAGUCUGGGGCGUCAUUCAACAUUAUCAAUUGGAUGAUAGUAGCAAUAAUAAUCACAAUAAUAAGUAUGAUAACAAUAAUAGCAAUGGGCAAGCAGCAGCAGCAGGUGGUGGUGGUGGUGGUAGCGGCGCUGAUAACAAGUUGAUUGGUUUGGGACAUUCCUUGGGAGCUGCCGUCUUGGUGGGAGUCGCGUCUUCUCACAAUAAUUCCUCAUCAUCAUCAUCAUCAUCAUCAUCCUCACCAUCAUCAUCAUUAUUAUUUCAUCAUUUGAUAUUAUCGGCACCCAUGUUGAACUUUAUGCAAUUGAAUCCUUCUCUCAAAGUCAUCAUGAGCCUUCCAUGUGUGGGCGAAGUGAUUAUGAAAUUGAUUUUGGAUCCCUUUUUGCGGGCGAGACGAAAGAAACGCAAUUUCAUCCAGUGCCAACAACAAUUACAAGAAUGUUUUGAUGGUACAUCCUUGUUGCAAAUGUUUCGGGAUGGUGCCUUGGGAGAUCAAUCCAUGGUAUAUCAACGAUUGGGUGACCAAUUGCGAUUGUUGUCAUGUGGCAGUGGCAGUGGCAUUGGUGGUGGAAACAAUACCAACAAUACCAACAAUGACAACAACAAUGACAACAAUACCAAUUGUACUAAAAUAUUGGUACUUUGGGGAUCUCACGACAAGGUAGUGAAUGGUCAUCACAUGGCUCAAAUCAUUGAACUGUUGGAUCCCUUCUUUGGAUUGGAGAAUCAUGAUAAUCAUGAUAACAACAAUAAACAUGGACGAGCAUUAGUAUUGGAAUACGAACGAUUGGGUGGAUUGGAACACAAUCAAUUGAGCGCCGAUCCACAUCGUUGCGCCGAGGCCAUCUUUCGUAGAAUGACGGGAAAUCCAUCCAUAAUAUGA